AUGAAAACUAGCCAGGCUACUCGCCUAGAGAAUGCUGCCGCGGAGGCCAUUGUUCACCACCCAGGAGCGGAUUUUACCACUGAGCGGAAGACAAGACGCGUGGCAGGGGUUCCGCAUGGGCUGGUGCAUGGGGCUCAACGAAGAAGCCCUCAAGGGUUUCCCAUGUCGCGAUCACCUCGACGCGCCGUAGGUCAGCGACUCCGCCAAUUGGUGGGAAGGAAGGAACGUGCGGAGAAGAGCUCGGCGGCUGGGAAAGUGGCCUCGCCAAGUCUUGGAAGGCGGAGCCAGGGCCUGCAUCGUUCUCCUGGAGACGAUGAGUGUCGGCCAACCUCUAGCCAGGUGCCUAGUGCUGGAAACCUUGCUACCAAGUCUCGUUCUACUCAAGGGCCUGCCGCGGGUAGGGGUGGGCAAACGGUUCGGUAA